AUGAGCGGCGCGGCGGCCGCGCUCGCGGCGGGGGCGGCGGUCGCGGCCCUCGCGCGCUUCGUCACUGCCGACGCCGACAUGGGGCUGCUGCUCAGGGGUGGCCACCGGCGGGCCGCAUUUGAGGGGAAGGUGGUCUGGAUCACGGGGGCCUCUCAGGGGCUGGGGCAGGCGCUGGCUGCCUACCUGGCGUCUCAGGGGGCGCGACUCAUACUGUCAUCCAGGAGCCUGGAGAAGCUGCAGCGCGCAAAGGAGGCGUGCGCGGGCGGCCGCGCGGCGGCGCCAGAGAUCGUUCUGCUGCCGUUGGAUGUGGAGGGGCCGCAGGCGGCGCUGGAGGCGGCGGCCAAAGAGGCCGAUGCGGCGUUCGGCAGCGCUGGGGUCGACUUUUUGGUGCACAACGCGGGGGCGAGCCAGCACGCGCUGGCGGCCGAGACGUCGCGGGAAGUCGCCGAGAAGCUGCUCAGCCUCAACGCGCUGGGCCCCAUCGCCCUGACGCGAGCUGCGCUGCCGCAGAUGCUGGCGCGGCGGAGGGGCCGCGUGGUGGUGGUGGCCAGCAUGGCUGCGCGCGUGCCCACCCCCGGCCAGGCGGUGUACUCUGCGGCCAAGGCGGCGCAGUGGGGCUACUUCUCUUCGCUCGCGACUGAGGUGGCGGACCAGUGA